UGUGCAUGCAGCCUCAAAUCUAAGUCACUGCCUGUCAGGCUGCUCCGUUUAUGCGCUCUGCGACUCUCUUUUCCUCUCCUCUCUCCUCAGUGCUGUGCUGCACUGCAUUCCUCGUCUCUCCUCUGCCCACAUCUCCAUCUCUCCUCAUUCUCGUUCUCUUUUCCCUCUUCCUCUACCUGCAUCUCUCUCACCCUAUGCGCUCUUCUCCCUGUUGUGCAUUGCUGCGCUCUGCUCCGCUGUUUGGGAAAAUACUCUACCAUCUCAUUUUUUUCGCGCCAGAGCUGAGUGCACUUCAGCUACUGGUGGAAGAGGAAUUAGAUGCUCAUGGAGCUCCAGGUUUGACUUCCCUUGGAUUCCUUGGAUCUGUGUGAGCUGGAGAGGAGGAGAGGGCAGGAAGGGAAGGAGAAAGGGGGCAGAAAGCUGCUCAGGUGAGAGCUUCGUGUGCUUGUGGAAGUAAAGGCUUAAAGGUGGUGGUGCUGGUGACGUUGGUUGGGGUUAGUGGCUGAUGGUUGUCCGUCAAGGGUCAUGCCCUGGGACUUGCGUGCUUUUCGGCAGUUGGAGUUGGAGACCCUCUCCCAUUUUUGUCCCCCUUGUGGGGUAACAUUGAUCCUGGUGCCGGGAAAAACUGCCGGGCACCAGUGGCUGAACCGUGAAGAGUGGACACCAUGAACCAGCUGGAUGCACCGCGGCCACUGAACUGGACCAUCAGAAAACUGUGCCAUGCAGCCUUCCUACCAUCUGUACGCCUGCUAAAGGCACAGAAAUCGUGGAUAGAAAGAGCAUUCAGCAAGAGAGAAUGUGUUCAUAUCAUAGUGAGCGCCAAAGACCCCCAUAGGUGCUGUUGUGGUCGUCUAAUAGGUCAGCAUGUGGGCUUGCCACCGGGCAUCUCAUCUAGUCAGAAUGAUAAGGCAGAGCGUUUGGCCAAGAAUGACAGCCUGUCGGAGAAGUGGUCAAUCAGCAAACACACACAGCUCAGCCCCACUGAUGCCUUCGGCACCAUUGAGUUCCAGGGAGGAGGACACUCCAACAAAGCCAUGUACGUACGAGUGUCUUAUGACACCAAGCCUGACCUGCUGCUCCACCUGAUGACCAAGGAGUGGCAGCUGGAACUGCCCAAGCUGCUCAUCUCAGUCCACGGGGGCCUGCAGAACUUUGAAUUGCAGCCCAAACUCAAGCAGGUCUUUGGCAAAGGGCUCAUCAAGGCUGCCAUGACAACAGGGGCCUGGAUAUUCACUGGAGGAGUCAACACAGGUGUGAUUCGCCACGUGGGUGAUGCACUGAAAGACCACGCCUCCAAGUCAAGGGGAAAGAUAUGCACCAUUGGUAUUGCUCCAUGGGGCAUCGUAGAAAAUCAAGAGGACCUUGUUGGCAAAGAUGUGGUGCGUCCAUACCAGACCAUGUCCAACCCGAUGAGCAAGUUGACGGUUCUUAACAGUCUCCACUCCCACUUCAUCCUGGCGGACAACGGCACCACAGGAAAGUAUGGUGCUGAGGUCAAAUUGCGACGUCAGCUAGAGAAACAUAUCUCCCUGCAGAAGAUCAACACACGUAUCGGUCAGGGUGUGCCAGUGGUGGCACUGAUCGUAGAAGGGGGUCCUAAUGUGAUCUCUAUAGUGCUGGAGUACCUCAGGGACACUCCUCCAGUUCCUGUGGUGGUGUGCGACGGCAGCGGCAGAGCCUCUGACAUCUUGGCCUUCGGACAUAAAUACUCAGAGGAGGGAGGCAUAAUUAAUGAGUCUCUAAGAGACCAGUUGCUGGUGACCAUUCAGAAGACUUUCACCUACAGCCGCUCACAGGCUCAACAUCUGUUCAUCAUUCUCAUGGAGUGCAUGAAGAAGAAGGAACUGAUAACAGUUUUCCGGAUGGGAUCGGAGGGUCAUCAAGACAUUGACCUUGCCAUUCUCACUGCGUUACUCAAAGGUGCUAAUGCUUCAGCCCCAGAUCAGCUGAGUUUGGCUUUGGCGUGGAACAGAGUGGACAUCGCACGGAGUCAGAUCUUCAUCUACGGACAGCAGUGGCCUGUUGGUUCCCUGGAGCAGGCGAUGCUGGAUGCCUUAGUUCUGGACAGAGUUGACUUUGUCAAGCUACUGAUUGAAAAUGGAGUCAGCAUGCACCGUUUCCUCACUCUUUCCAGGCUGGAGGAGCUCUAUAACACGCGCCAUGGACCAUCAAACACGCUGUACCACCUCGUCAGAGAUGUCAAAAAGCAAGAGUAUCCAGGGUUCAGUUGGAUCUACUUCAAGGGAAACCUGCCCCCGGACUACCGGAUCAGCCUCAUUGACAUUGGACUGGUCAUUGAAUACCUCAUGGGCGGGGCAUAUCGGUGUAACUACACCAGGAAGAGGUUCCGAACUCUAUACCAUAACCUCUUCGGACCCAAGAGGCCCAAGGCUCUGAAACUGCUGGGGAUGGAGGAUGACAUGCCAAUCCGAAGAGGUCGUCAGAAGACGACACGUAAACGAGAGGAAGAGGUAGACAUCGAUUUGGACGACCCAGAAAUCAACCACUUCCCUUUCCCCUUCCACGAGCUGAUGGUGUGGGCUGUGCUCAUGAAACGUCAGAAGAUGGCGCUGUUCUUUUGGCAGCAUGGUGAAGAGGCCAUGGCCAAAGCCUUGGUGGCAUGUAAGCUUUGUAAGGCCAUGGCACACGAAGCAUCUGAGAACGACAUGGUGGAUGACAUUUCCCAGGAACUAAACCACAACUCUCGAGAGUUUGGCCAGCUGGCUGUGGAGCUCCUAGACCAGUCCUAUAAACAGGAUGAGCAGAUGGCCAUGAAGCUGCUGACAUACGAGCUGAAGAACUGGAGCAAUGCCACCUGCCUGCAGCUGGCUGUAGCAGCCAAACAUAGAGAUUUCAUCGCUCACACCUGCAGUCAGAUGCUGCUGACCGACAUGUGGAUGGGGCGCCUGCGCAUGCGCAAGAACUCAGGGCUGAAGGUAAUAUUAGGGCUGCUGCUCCCACCAUCGAUCCUGAGUCUGGAAUUCAAGAACAAGGACGAGAUGUCCUACAUGCCCCAGGAUCAGGAGGCCUACCUGCAGGAAAAGGAGGAGGAGGAGCCUGAAAAACCAGUGAAGGAGAAGGAGGAGGAAGACAUGGAGUUCACAGUAAGAUCUUACUGUGAGACGCAGUACAACUCCGUGGCAAUGCUGGGCAAAGUAACCACAGAGACAUCCAGAAAGAAGGAUGUUGAGGAGGUUCAGAACCGCCACCGCCUUAUCCCCAUGGGACGCAAGAUAUACGAGUUCUACAAUGCACCAAUUGUCAAGUUCUGGUUCCAUACGAUGGCAUAUGUGGGCUACCUGAUGCUGUUCAACUACAUUGUCCUGGUCAAGAUGGACUUGUGGCCUUCUCCUCAAGAGUGGAUUGUUAUCGCUUACAUCUUCACCAAUGGCAUAGAGAAGAUGAGAGAGAUCCUGAUGUCUGAGCCGGGAAAGUUGUUACAGAAGGUGAAGGUGUGGCUUCAGGAGUACUGGAACAUCACAGACCUCAUGGCCAUCCUCAUAUUCUCUGUCGGCAUGGUGCUGCGUCUCCAGGAGCCACCGCUCAUGAGUUAUGGACGGGUGAUUUACUGUGUCAACAUCAUCUAUUGGUACAUCCGGCUGCUCGACAUCUUCGGCGUCAACAAGUACCUGGGUCCCUAUGUGAUGAUGAUCGGCAAGAUGAUGAUCGACAUGAUGUAUUUUGUGAUCAUCAUGUUGGUGGUGCUAAUGAGUUUUGGGGUGGCACGUCAGGCCAUUCUCAACCCUAACGAAGACCCAUCCUGGAUGCUAGCCAGGAACAUCUUCUUCAUGCCUUACUGGAUGAUCUACGGAGAGGUGUUUGCCGACCAGAUUGACCAUAUGCAUAGUAGGAAGGUACAGCAAAGGCUGAAUGAAAAACUCUGGCUGGUCGAAAAUUACUUACGCACUCAUGGAACCUGGCGUAAUAAUGGUCCAUCCCACAUUGCCCAAUGCAGUCAAAAUCCCACCCCCUGUGGGCAGAACAUCACUACAGAGGACGGUGUGGUGGUGGCUCUGCCUCCGUGCAAGACGGGUGCCUGGAUUGUUCCAGCGAUCAUGGCCUGCUAUCUGCUGGUGGCCAACAUACUCCUGGUUAACCUGCUCAUUGCUGUGUUCAAUAAUACAUUCUUCGAGGUCAAGUCCAUCUCCAACCAGGUGUGGAAAUUUCAGCGCUACCAGCUCAUUAUGACCUUCCAUGAACGUCCGGUCCUUCCUCCACCUCUCAUCAUAUUCAGCCACAUAACUAUGGUCCUCAAGCACCUGUGUUGUCGAUGGCGCAAGCAUGAUGACGAUGAAAGGGACUAUGGACUGAAGCUUUUCAUCACAGAAGACGAACUGAAGAAAGUCCAUGAUUUUGAGGAGCAGUGUAUAGAGGAGUACUUCAGAGAGAAAGAUGACAGAUUCCACUCAUCCAAUGAUGAGAGAAUCAGAGUCACUUCUGAAAGGGUGGAGAAUAUGGCGAUGCGUUUAGAGGAAGUCAAUGAGAGGGAACACUUCAUGAAGGCAUCACUACAGACUGUUGAUAUUCGUCUGGCCCAAAUGGAAGAGCUAAUUGGACGAAUUACUGGAGCGCUGGAGCGCAUGACUGGUGUCGAGCGCGGGGAGGUCCAAAAAGCACGUUCUCGGACUUCGUCUGACUGCACAGACUCUGCAUACAUACUCCGCCAGGCUGAGUGCCCUGAAGCCGCAUACAUUCUCCGUCAAAGCAGCUUUAACAGCACAGAGGGGAACUGCUACCGCCUCCAGGAGGCUCUAGAGGGAACAGCUGAGGGUUCCAUGUCUCCUCCUUCGCCCACUGGCAUAGCAACACGGACCAGAAGUCAUUCAUUUUAUGUUGGAGCUGGUCGUGCUGCUGAACGGGGAAGUAGAGCUGAGCGAGCUGAAAGUUUCUUCAAAGACCGCUCCCUCAGUCUCCACAGAGCCAACAGCUCACAAUCUGUGUCCUCAGCUGCCGGCCCCAAGGAGUCUAAGCCCCUCCCACUGGCGACGUUAUCGGUCUCCCAGCAGCACCGUCCGUCAUCCUGCAUUGAUAUCUAUGUCUCAACGUCUGAAGAGGUGGGGCCUGCGGAGGUCUUUCUAGAUCCUCUCCGUAUGGUCCCACCUCUCCAGAGAGACUCCUCGCUGCAGUCAGAUAUAAUAGAGACGGUGCUGCCUGGAGGCCGGGAGUUCAGCAGUGCUGCCACCAGCGGUUUGGGCGACAGGCACUCGGAGGGCGGUGCAGGCAGCAGCGGAACUGCUGGAGCUAUGUUUGAUGAUAGUGCUGCAGCUGAUUUGUCAUUAUGCUCAGCACAUCUCUUACCAGACAGCACAUUACCUCCUUGGGAUAUGGAACCAUCCCCACCUCCCUCAGCAGGGCUGCUCGAACGUUCUAAGAGCAGCCGCUACCUCUCUACCGCAGGCACAGGAUUCCUGGAUGAGCCUCCUCUGGUCAAGUCACACAGCCUCAUGUUCACACCAAGAAGCUGUUAUGGUGGGAUUGGGGCCGGAGUCCAGGUAAAGGCCGCGGAGUACACCAGCAUCACUGACUGCAUCGAUACACGCUGCGUCUCAUCUCCAUACACCCCCGCAGAACGCUCGCAGUCACCUGGAGGUUCCACUUCAUUCCCCUUUGAUAAGCCGUCGGACGUUGGUUCCUCUCAUCCAGAGAGAGAGGCAGAGCUUAGUCACACAGAGUCUGAUCCUGAGGACCCUGAUGACCUGGUUCCACCCCCUGAUACCCCUCGGCUAGGGGUCCUAGGUGGCCCCAGUGGGGCCCCUCUCUGCUCCCCCUUCUCCAAGCUGGAGCGAGCAAACAGCUGCUCGUCAGACGACUCCCAUCCUUCGCUCACGCUGGCUCCUCCGCACCGGAAGAGCCUGUCGGUGAGUGAGAGGAUGGAGAGAGGACCGGGUCUGGGGGCAGACAGGGGGCCUGGGCCUGGGGGGCGGGGUCUGGCAGGAACCAGAAACCCCUUCCUCAGGAGCAAGUCUGGAGCAAGACCUGACACAGCCAAAACUGACAGCCUCUCAAUGAGGAAGCUGGCAGCUCCGUCGGCUUUCCGCAGCUUCGAUAGACAAAACUACACGUGACAAGGAUGUGUAAGUGCACUUGCACACUGUUAGGACCAGAGAGGAGUAUUGUGAGGGCCGAGGGCUAAAGUGAUAGCAGGGUGAAGUUGCCCUUAGAUGCUAAUCUGGACGAGAUCUAAGGUUGUUUUUUUCCCCCGCAUUAUAUCUCAGAUUAGAAAAAUGUAUUCAUAGUCAGUAUUGAAGGGCAGCUUUACUCUGAAUCAUGAAUCUGCAGAGAAGGAUUGGAGAUAUAGGGGUCCUACUGUACACCAGUCAAAACAAAGAGCUAUGAAUCUAGACUAGUUUUUACCUCUUGUAGCUAAGUAACUCUCAGUUUGGUGUUAUGGCAAUGGAAGGUGUAUUCGUACUGUAUGUCUUCCACCCACCACCUUUACUUCAAGUAGACAUCUUUCACUGUGUUACAUCACAUAUCAGUCACACUAGUCACACACAAAGUAUACUGUUACUCCUAGCAGCUUUAUAUGGUAGACACUGUCAAGUCUGAGAGGCCAAGGGAGAGGAGAAAGAAAGAAAUGACACCCACCUCUUUUGCCAACAUAGAGUCAUUACUACUGCAAAACCUUACCUUCAAAUACAUUUUCCCUGCUUCAUAUAAUCCUAACUCGCAUAAACUCAACCCAGAAAGACACUAACAUUUCUGGCCACUUUGUGAAGAGAUCAGAAGUCUUUGGACUUCACUGCACUUCAAAUUACCUCUAAGUACUCAAUCUUUCACAUAAUAAAUAAAUAUUUCAUUUUUGAAGGAUACAGUUCUUUCUCUUCUGUUUGUAUAUUGUAGCAUCAGAGAGGAAACGGCUAAAGCACUCAUCUUUGCCAGAAACAAAGCAGCAUUUGAACACACUGCAGUCAAAAAGUCGGCAUGCCACCAUGUAUCUCCUGCGGCCGUGCUUGAGGCACUGUCCUGAGGCAUCAUGUAAGGGCGUGAAAGAGAAAGGCGCUCCGCGUAUGGUGACAUCCUCAUGUUUAUCCGCGCACACACUUGGUCAGUGAAAUCCUACAUAUCACUUGGAGAGAUACCUUAGUUUAUACCUGACUCCAGAGAGCUUUUACAAGUGCAAUUGCAAUAGAUGGGGACAAGGGGGCGUUAUGAGCCUGUGUGGGAAGCAACGCUUGCUGGGCAAACCUGAUGUGAACCUUAGUUGCCCGCACCUGACACCAAAAAUCUUUUCACUCCAAGAAUCGUAGCUCUCUUGUAGCCCAGCCCUCUUCCUUCAGGUUUCGGCAGUGGCAUUAUUUUUGAAAUGGUUUUUACAUCCGCCUGCACCUAACAGAUCCGUCCUUCAUCUAUCCAAUAACUGUCAUCCAUUUGUUUUUCUCCUUUCAUUCUUUUUUUUAAUUGAAUUCAAAGCAGGUCACUGCAAAAAGAGGCUUAUUUUAAAAAACACACAAAAAAGCAGUUGCCUAAUACUAAAACAAAUGUUGAAAUAAGCAUACAGAUCAUAUUGAAGGACCUUGAAUUUAUUUCUGAUUGAUUUAUAUUUGGAAAAGCUUUGGAAUGAGUUGCCAAGUAUACACAUUCUAGCUGAGAUUUAUUAAGAAAGGCAUGCAUUUUAAAGCGGCAUGAAGGAGGAAACAUAGGGUCAUUAAUAUUAAAAGAUGAAAGCCAGAUCAGUGUUUUUAAAAAAGUUCUCAUUUUUUUUAUUGUAAAGAAAGAAGUCUGAAAAAGAAGAUGUCUUUUUCCGAUAGCUUUGUAAAGACAAAAUAGCUUCAAUCAAUAGAAUUCUUACUGAUUUUUAAUGUUUGUUUUUAUAUUUUCUCACUCUUAUGAUUCAGUUUUAAUCAUGUUGCUCUUCUUUUGAGAUUGAUUCUAUUUAUUGACAUUUUCUUGCUCCUUAUUGAUAAUUGCAGUAAAUGCCUGUUUGAAUUACAAAAAUCAAUAUUUAUAUCUUCUCAGUGAUAUUUUUGUCGAGUAUUUUCUAAUUAAGCUUUUCAAUUUAAUAAAAGAUGACCAUCUACAUGCACUAAAUGACGAUGUAUUAUAUUAUUUAUUAAAUAUAUAGACUUGUCUGAUAUAAUGUACAUUUCGAUCAUAUUUAAAGUAUUUAAAGUAGUUUUUAUUGUAUGUUUUAUCAACCAGCUUAUGAGAAUUUUCUAAUGUUGACAAGGCAAUACAUAGUUGCCAGUAUACCAAACUUAGGGUGCCUUUUGGGCAUGGAUGGAGUAUGUGGGGACUGAAGUGAUUCAUAAAUCUGUGAAUUUCCUCUUUUCAUCUUUGUCUUCUGUUGUGAAGAGGCCAAAAAAUCAGUGGUUAUGUUCUCACAGACAUUUGUUGUUCUCUUUGGACACAUCUGAUGUACAGAGUGGGGGAAUUGUUGUUAUCUGUAAACUGUAUCAUUGCUUGUAUGGGUAUUUAUUUGAAUUUCUUCACCAGAACACAUAAAAGAUCUCACUGACAACAAUAGCUUUGGAGGACAAAAAAACAAACAAACCUGCGCACGAAAACGAGGGUGAGGAUGUGAUAUAAACAGUAGGUGUCAUUGCAGUAACUGGUCUUUCUUGCUCGAAUUGGAUUAAAUCAUGUGGUACUACCCAAAUCUAAUGAUCCAGGACUGUUAAAAGCCCCCAGGUGAUGUCUCUUAAUUUGCGAGCUACAAAAGACAUUAAACAACUGUGGUCCUGGGCAAAGCGCCACACCACGUGACCAGUUACUUUUCUAGGUAGAAUCUGGAGAUUGUCCCUUUAACUUUGUAAUCACAACAGAAGUUGCAGUUAACCCCAAUUGUGUGCAGUGGCUGGAUGGCAAACCUAAAAGAUGAGAGUUUUAAUUUCCUCAACACAUAUGUAAGUCAUAGCAUAGUUUAAAGAUGAAGGUCAGUGCUCAGGGACAACAUUACCCCAGUGAUGCAAGAUGGAAAGUUAAUCGUUGAAAGAAAGAAAGAAAGAGUCCAGUAUAAUCACUGUGCUUAAUGAGUCUAACCCAGAAUCUUUUUGAUCAUAGAAAAACUAUAUAUUUUUGUGUUUAGGUGUUCAGAAAUGGCAAUACAAUGCAUGAAUGUCUUCAUACCUGAUCAACUUGUUCUACCACAAAAGUUGAAAACACCAACAGUACAAACAAAAGUGAGGAAUGUCUUUGCAGUCAUGCUUAGUUGACUCUUGCAUUUUGAACCAAACCAAACUCUGUCUAACCAAAUGGAAACACGCUGAGUCACAGCUGUUGCAGACGGGAUUAACUAGGCAGAGGUCACCUCAGUCGUUGCAGGGCCAGUCAGAAAACAAAAUGACCGCGUUGGAAUGAAAGUUUAUGCCCUGCUAUUUAACCUUACAUUCUCUUUUAUUCUUUUCAAAGUUCCUUAUCCUCAUAUACGAGAGAGCAUACAAGUCCGAAGCAUGUAGAAACUUGUUAAGGUUUGUACAUGAUUGUGUUUGCGAUAUGCUGACGAGACUGUUGUGGAAGGUACUGACAGGAGGCAUGCGUGUGUGCGUAUGUUUGUACGUGCGUUUAAUUAAACUGCGUGUGAAUCGGAAGUGUAGAUGACACUAAUAACUGGGAGGCAUGCCAACACAACACAACCCAACAGAAUCUUAAUGUACAGUAUUUUUUAAAUAUUUUACUACACUGUCUCUUAAAGUUUUGGGGAAUCAUGAGCAUAUGUGAUAAUAAUAAUCAACAGAUUUGCUUCCCUCCUAUGAAACCUGUGACUCGUAAGCUUUAGAGUAUCACGCACAUGUUUUUUCUGCAAUAACUUCUGAUGUUGUUCGACUAAAAGGGACUUAUCCCUCUACUGGUCACACUUUAUUUAAUGUCCUUUAAAUGCAUGCAGUUCUUCCACUCAGAGUGUACAGAGAUGAUGUGUAAUGAUGACUGAGAGAAAGAUAGAGAGAGAUUAUAAUAUGAAAUUAAAGUAGUGAGUAUUUGGAUGCAAAUACAAAUCUGUAUUCUUCAAUGUGAAUAGGAUCAUGUCUGGCAUGCAUUGUUAAAUAAACAAUUAAAUAGA